AUCACCAAUACAAACUAGAUCAAAAAUGAGCCAAAUUGCUCCAAAGUGGUACCAAUCAGAAGACGUUGCAGCCCCAAAGAAGGCUAGAAAGACUGCUCGUCCACAAAAAUUACGUGCCUCCUUAGUUCCAGGUACCGUUUUAAUCUUGUUGGCUGGUAGAUUCAGAGGUAAGAGAGUUGUCUACUUGAAGAACUUGGAAGACAACACCUUAUUGGUUUCCGGUCCAUUCAAGGUCAACGGUGUUCCAUUAAGAAGAGUCAACGCCCGUUACGUUAUUGCCACCUCCACCAAGGUCAACGUUGAAGGUGUUGAUGUUUCUAAAUUCAAUGUCGAAUACUUUGCCAGAGAAAAGGUUACCAGAGCUGCCAAGAAGUCCGAAGCUGACUUAUUCAACGAAGUCCCAGCUAAGAAGGAAAUCAAGGAAGAAAGAGUUGCUGACCAAAAGACUGUUGAUGCUGCUUUAUUGGCUGAAAUCAAGAAGACCCCAUUAUUAAAACAAUACUUAUCCGCUUCUUUCUCUUUAAAGAGCGGUGACAAGCCACACUUAUUAAAGUUCUAAAUGUGCUGAAAAUAUAAGAAAGAUCAUCGAUUCAUUAGGGUUAAAUAUUAAAAAUUGAAGGUCUUGAUCUAUUUUAUUUUAAUUAUUAUUUGCAGUUCUUUUAGGAAGUUUUAUUGGUGUAAAAUUUUCUCUUUGUAUAUUUAAUACAGUU